AUGGGGCGCAUCACCGGUUCUGAUGAUGCCCAGCGCCAAUUCAACGGCAAGUUCCUCGAAGAACUCCGCACCAACAGCUCGAAGCGAAUGGCAUGGACAGCCCAAGACCGAGUUGCCAUGCUCAAGUGGCUCGCCAACGGACGACACAGCAAGGAUACCCUCCGCGAGGACGAAAAGUCGUUGAGCAACCUGGCCGUUUCCAUCGGGAUUGAGCCGGCCAAGCUUCACAAGAAACAUCGUAUCGUCCUCAAGCGCAAGAUGCUCAGCAGCAUGGAGUAUACUCUCCAGACCCUCAAGAAUGAGGGCAAGGUAUCCGAAUGCUGGGAUCCGUCAACUCGCAAGAAGCGGCUCAGGUGGCCCGAGGCCCUGGUCAGUGAGAUCUUGGGCGAAACCUCCACACUAUCGAGUGCUCUCGAGAGAAUUCUGAGGGAGUCUACUCCUGAGGAAGAGGUCGCCCCAUCAGGACACAACCGCGAGGAGACGACGGCAGCCAAUCCAAAGACCCCGACACAACCGAUCGCCGGAACGACUGAGCCCAUCGUCAUCGACGACGACGACGACGACGACGACGAUGACUUUCUGGACUCAGAGGGAGACAUUGAAAUGGGUGGUAUUACCACUUCAUUGGCCAAGACGGUUCUGUCGAACGAGGUGCGGGACGGAAAGGCGAGAGCCGAUUUUGAUGCUGGCGAGAUGAAGGAAGCUCUUCGUCGCAGCAUGCAGGACGAGAUCACCCGACUCCAGCAGCUGAUCCAGGACCAGAGUCACCAGCGGCAGAAUUUGCACAAUGUCCAGUUUCCCCGGCCUCCUUCACAUCAGCCCCAAGCCCAUGCCCCCAGCAAGAAAGAGGACGAAAGACGCCAGGCAGCAGAGCAACUGGCUUCGAUCGAGCAGCUGGCCAGUCGCGAGCGAGAUCAAAUACAGCUAAAGAUGAAGCAAGAACAAGAGCGGCGGGAGGCGGAGCUGCGGGCGAGAGAGGAGGCGAUCAAGCAGCACCAGCAAGACCUCGAGGCCCAGCGUGCGACAGCCAAACUCGAGGAGGCAGAACUGGCCAAGGCGGAAGCGGAGGCCGAGAUGAUGAGACAGAUGCGGGAAGAUGCCUGGGAACAGGAGUUGGAGGAGAAGACACAGGAGAUGGAACAAGAGAAACGGCGACAUCUCAUCCAGCAGUUCCUGCAGCGACAGCAGGAUCAGCAUCAGCCCUCAGAUGACACCCAGAACCCAGAGGGUCAGCAGAACACUUCACCCCCUCCACCAUCUCCCCCUCCUGCCCAUCCUCAACGAGAGAUGAGACCAUUUCCCGAGUACACGGCUCCUAGUAGUCGUCGUAGAAUUCCCAGCAGUCUGAAAGGGUCGAUCUUUGCAGACAACAACAACAACAACAAGAGCCCGGACCUGGAGGCUGACCGAAAGCGUCUCGAGGCUCUGCUGGCAUCCCCAUCAGUCAUGCCAGCGGCCCCAAGAGGUGAGGAGCAACGACACGAGAGAAUGGCGGCAGCCCAAGUCCACCCGGACUCCACCAACGUCUUUCACAGCUUCUGGGGGAACGUGCCGAAUCCUGCCCCCUCUCCCAAUGUCCUGGUGAGCUCAGUCAAAGGGGCCACAAAUACUUUUUCUGUGCCCGACGCUGACUCGGAGUGGGAGUCCCACACUGGUUCAGACCCAGGCGAGAGCAACGCUGGGAGUCUGGACGAGUACGUCACUCCGCGCGCAACUCCUCGUCCUUCGACAGUCGGUUUGUUUCCGUUCGGUGUACCCCCCAUGGGCCCUCUCCGGUCGGCACGAGAAGCUGAUGUACAGAACGCCCAAGGCAAAGGCAAGGAGGUGGAACCGGCAUCGCAUUCACUCCCAGUCCCUCCACCUGCCAUAUCAUUGUUGGGGAAAAGCAGCGACGACGUUCAGCGAGACGAUGACGAGUUCGGUCGGUCCGGGGAUGCGAGUCUGGAUCAAAUUAGCAUUGUGUCGUCCCCCGGACCCCCAUCCCCGACGGUACCUACAACACUGCCAUUCCAGUUCAAGCCCGGCUCCUUUGCGAUGGACCGGUUCGCCACUUCCGACAAUGUGCCAGGUCCAAGCACUCACGGGGAAUGGCCUGCCAGACUGGGUUCUGAGUCUGCAAAAGAAACCCAUUUCGUUCCACCUCAGCAUAGUGCCUGGGAUGGGUUUUGGCAGAGUCACGGGCCUAUCUUUCGGCAACCAUCGACAAUCGAGGACGAGGACGAGAGGGGAGACGAAGACGAGACAGAUGAGACCAGCAGCCAUGACUCGGAGCCGCUCCCCGAGACAAAGUACUUGAUGAAUGCCAACAGCACUCUCGGCAUGCUUCAGCAGCCCAUGACGGCCCAAGAUCUGGAAGCGCGUCAGGCAAUCAUGCAUCGCCUCAUCGAUAUGGCCGCUGACAACAGGAUCUGGGGUGGCCAGCAAAUGACCCCCUGA